GCAGCGUGCAGAGGCAGUUACAUCACGUACACCGGCUAUUUCCUUCAUACAGUUCGUGCGAUCUGUCGAUCGUAAGACACGUAAAACCUCUUUUGGAUAAUAUCUUCGCAGGCGAAUUAAACAUCAAAUCUCACUCUUAAACAGUCAAAAUGUCUGAUUACGAAGAGAAUGAGUCCAAGUUUAUGCGAAAAGCGAAGGAAAAUCCAUUCGUCCCAGUAGGAAUGGCUGGAUUCUUUGCCAUUGUUGGGUACAGACUGCUGAAAAUGAAAAGUCGGGGAGAUACGAAGAUGUCAGUUCACCUGAUUCACAUGCGUGUCGCUGCCCAAGGAUUUGUGGUUGGAGCCAUGACUCUUGGGGUCGUGUAUACAAUGUACAGAGACUUCAUACUCAAACCCAGAGAAGAGCAGAAAGCAGUCACACACAAGUGAACAUGGACUCUUGCACUGAUAUUUUAAGUCCCUUAAUAUUACCUCAUAUUAAGGUGUGUAAAACCUUUUUUUUUUUUAGAGAUGUGUCAUAGUUUUUGUAUGCACACGUCCCUUCACCACCUCACCGCUACUGUAUAUAUUUAUAACUUAUUGAUUAAAAAUCCUAUCCUCUAAAUAGUGUACCAGAUGGUAAGGCCAUCACUUCUGUAAUGAAAAGCAGAUUCAUAUGUUAUACUGUGUGUUUGCAGUGGUAAAGCCAGCUUGUUUGCUACGAUUGUGAUAAGGUGACAUGACACUCAGAGGUUUGCUGCCUUUAAUUUGAAGUAUAUAAGUUAAAUGACAGUAAAACAGUGUGAGUAGGCUCAGUAAAGAUGUAAACAGCAAUGGGAGGUAGCAUGAUCUUUUUCCCAUUGUCAUUGUUGGGUGAUCUUUUACAAGCUGCAGUGUUUUACAUACUAUCUAUGAUUUUUUGCCAAAUUAAGAAUACUUGCACCUUCAUCCAUUUAAAAAAAAAUAGUUUGCCAUGUAAGUUAAGGGAUCAAUACUGAGGGCUUUGACAACAGGUGAUCUUCUGAAAGCCUUAUUUUUUACAUGGACACAAAUUGACCAUUCACAGUGUCAGAUUAUCCCCUAACAACUUUCUUAACAGCUUGUAAUAGCUUAUUUCCACUCAAAACAAAUAAAAAUGUUUGCAGAAAAAGUAGUUGUUUAGAUUACUGGAAUUAUUAUAUAAUAAAUGUAAAACCAGGUCCUUUUUUCCAUGCCAUUUUCAUUAUGUUGUGACGUGGGUCCAGUGUUUCAUUACAGCAGCAUAAUACUGCACAUCUUCAUGAGAGACGCAAGCUAAAAUACCUGAGGUACACCUACAAACUUUGUAGUAGAAAUAUCAUACUGUACAGCCUAUCUUGUGAUAUGCUUACGUAUAUGCCUUGUUAAGUUAUUAACAGAGAUGUGUUGAGUUGUUGUGUGCAAAUACAGAGGAAUAUUUUUGAAGGUUUUUAAUUUUCUUUUGGAAAUAAAAAUGACAAUGACCUGUCUCUUUGCUUUGAAA